GCGUGGAUGCCUUUGACUCACCUGGAUGAUCUGGGACUACCUGUUCUGCAGGUGACUUGGUACAGUGCAACGCGAUUACUCUUUCCCCUUGGAACUCUCCUAUGACUUCAGCCACUCUACGGAGGUUCUGCUUCGUGGUGUGGGAUUGGGGCCCGGUGGCCUUCGCUUUAUGAGCCCAGCCCAGCCUGGUGCCUUCUGGACAUGUUGGAUGACAGCUUCCAUCCUGGCUGGGGAUGAUGGGAGUUGCAGUCCAGCAAUUCGGAGGGCAGCCAAGCGGAGAGAUCUAGCGUGGCUCCCAAGGUUCUUCCUGCUACGCAGAUCUGCGUUCCUCAUCCUUGUAAGCGUCUUGGUUUCUUAAUCUUGGCUACGCGUUGCAUUCCGAAGGCGUCAUGAACUUGCGCAAGCGACCCGGGACGCCUUGCCUGAGCCCUUCCGCGUCCAUCGUCAGGUCUAGGGCUCAGGGAGCAGGAGCUGGCCGCCGGUCAGGUUGGAGGGGCCUGAGGCCAGAGGAGAUGGUGACCUUCGAGGACGUGGCCGUGUCCUUCUCCCCAGAGGAGUGGGAGAUGCUGCAGGACUGGCAGCAGGAGCUGCACUGGGAGGUGAUGAUGGAGAACUACAGGCUGCUGAUCUCUCUGGGGAACGACCUCUACCUUCUUUCCUCAAGUGGAAUGUUCUGGAACACGUCGGAAGAAGAAAGUGGCCCCGUGGAGCCACCGAGCAGCCCGGACAAUGCAUCGCCUGAGCUGUCGUCCCCUCAGAGCCUCGAGCAGCCGACAGACCACGAGGAAGAGUUUGUGCCAGAAGAGCCUCUGCCGCCUUUGCCAGAGGCCGCUGGUCCAGCGGGCAGCCCGUUCCCCUGCCCCCUCUGCGAGCAGUGCUUCCGGGGCAAGAAGGAGCUCGAUCGACACCAGCGGAGCAUCCAUCUGGGGGAUAAGCCCCACGCGUGUGGCGAGUGCGGGAAAGCCUUCCGAGACAAGAGCGACCUCCGCGUCCACGAGAGGAUCCACACGGGGGAGAAACCCUUUCCGUGUGAGGUAUGCGGGAAGUCGUUCCGGGAAAAAAGCAAGCUCAUUGUCCAUCAGAGAAUCCACACCGGGGAGAAGCGCUGCGUGUGUCAGGAAUGUGGCAAAAGCUUCAGGGACAAGCAUUAUCUCCGGGACCAUCAGAGAAUCCACGCAGGAGAGAGGCCCUAUCACUGCCAAGAUUGUGGGAGAAGCUUCCGGACACGGAGUCACUUUACUCUUCAUCAGAGAAUCCACACGGGGGUCAAACCCUACCUUUGCAAUGAGUGCGGGAAAACCUUUGUGCAGAAAAGCAACCUUAUAAGUCACCAGAGAAUCCACACGGGAGAGAAGCCCUUCCCAUGCGAAGAAUGCGGGAAAACGUUUAGGGACAGGAAAACGCUCCGUUACCACCGGAGAAUCCAUAUGGGUGAGAAGCCCUACCCGUGCCAAGACUGUGGGAAGACUUUUAGGGACAAGAGCAGCCUGACAGUACAUCAGAACAUUCACACGGGAGAGAAGCCAUUUAUAUGCUGGGAGUGCGGGAGGAGUUUUCGGGAGAAAAUGUAUCUGAAAGAUCACCAGAGAAUCCACACAGGGGAGAAGCCCUUUUCUUGCCAAGAGUGUGGGAAGACAUUCAGGGCCAAGAGGACUCUUACGUACCACGAGAGAAUCCACACGGGAGAGAAACCCUUCGCUUGCGUGGAGUGCGGGAAAACGUUCCGAGGGAAGAGCAGCCUCACAGUCCACCAGAGAAUCCACACGGGAGAAAAGCCCUUUAUAUGCUGGGUCUGUGGGAGGAGCUUCAGGGAGAAGGUGUAUCUCCGAGAGCAUCAGAAGACGCACUUGGAAGAGAAGCCCUACCCAUGCGGCGACUGCGAGAAAAGCUUUGUUCACAAGAACCAUCUCACCAGGCACCAGAAAUUCCACGUGGCUCUGUCCCUGUAAAGACGGCGGGAGGAGUUUACAGAACAGCCACAGAGAAUCCACGCGCGAGGAUGCAGUCGGGUGGAUUCUCUGGUGUUCUCUCACUCUACCCCAACAGCACAGAGGUUUCCUCGAACGCUCCUGCGUGUUUCUGGACUUCAUGUUGCAAUGAACCGAGUUUAUACAGGGGGUGGGAUGUG